AAGAUCCAUCUAAACACAAAACACACACACAACAAGAACUUUUUCCAAGAUUCACCUAAACACAAAACACAAAAAACACACACACAAAACAGGAACUUUUUUCCUAAGAUCUCCUCAACUAAAUCCCAACGGUGAAAACAGUGAAGAAAGAAGAAAGAAGAAAGAAGAAAGAAGAAAGAAGAAAGAAGAAAGAAGAUGACAGUAUUCCACUUCUUCAACUGUGCAAUUCUAACAUUCGGACCCCAUGCUGUCUAUUACUCAGCAACCCCUUUGUCUGAAUAUGACACACUCUGGACUUCAAUAAGAGCUGCUGUUGUUUACCUUGUUACGGCACUAGUAAAGCUUGUAUGUCUAGCAACAUUUCUCAAUGUAUCUGAUAGCGACACUUUUGAUCCAUAUCAGGAAUUGUUGAAGGCUUUAUUCGGGUUUAUAGAUGUUGCCGGCCUAUAUUUUGCUUUGACACAGUUGACACACAGAAAUAUUUCGCAGAAUCAUAAGUUUCAAGCUGUCGGACUAGGGUGGGCUUUUGCUGAUUCUGUUCUGCAUAGAUUGGCACCUCUUUGGGUUGGUGCUAGAGGAUUAGAGUUCACAUGGGAUUACAUCUUUCAAGGCCUAGAAGCAAAUGCAAAUUUGGUUUUCAGUAUAUCACUAGCAGCAUUGGGUUCUCUUAUGUGGCUUCGGAAAAACAAACCCAAGACUUUGAUACCUAUCAUAUAUGCAUGUGCCGGGAUUGUGGCAACAAUGCCAUCCAUAACCAGUUAUCUGAGGCGAGGCUUGGGUUGGCACCUUCCAAAAGUUGUUGGCUUUGAACUAUUCAGCUCAUUGCUGAUUGCUUUUAUCAGUUGGCAGUUGUUUGUUGCAUGCCAGAGACCAUCUAACUGAGUUGAUCACUAUCGUCGUUUCCUCAUGGAAGUUGGCGUAUGGUUCUUCAGCGAUGAGUAUGUUCUGUCCAGUAACUUUCUUUUUUCAAGAAAUUUCGAGGGUGUUUGGACAAAAGCUUUUUAUUGAAUAACUUUUAUGUCCUCCUUUACCAUUCACUCUGCAAGUCCGGGCUUCUUAAACAUGGAAUAUCUUACGAACAAAUUCGACCUGGAGGGAAUUCAUUGGUUAGCAAUUUUGAAAUGUACUGGUGUAUGAAUAUUAGAGUAUACUGAAUCGUAACAUUUACAUGUCUUAAUAUUUGGUGUAUCAAUUGUCCAUGACUGUUCCUGCACAAAAGUGCUUUGUAUGGAUAGAAUAAUCAAUUCAUUUUCGUAGUGUGUAGUUUUUUAUGGCACGGA